AUGGAGGAGGUGAUGGAGGAGGUGAUGGAGGAGGUGAUGGAGGAGGUGAUAGGGGAGGUGAUGGAGGAGGUGAUGGAGGAGGUGAUGGAGGAGGUGAUGGAGGAGGUGAUGGAGGAGGUGAUAGGGGAGGUGAUGGAGGAGGUGAUGGAGGAGGUGAUAGGGGAGGUGAUGGAGGAGGUGAUGGAGGAGGUGAUGGAGGAGGUAAUGGAGGAGGUGAUGGAGGAGGUGAUGGAGGAGGUGAUGGAGGAGGUGAUGGAGGAGGUGAUGGAGGAGGUAAUGGAGGAGGUGAGGAUGUGCAGCAGCUUGGCUUUAAUAAAGGAGCUAGUAUAA